AUGAUGAUGAUGACGACGAAUGAAAAUGUUGAUGACGAUGACGAUGAUGAGCAGAUCGUGGACCGAGCGGACCCCGUGGAGCAGGCGGAGUUCGUGGCGGAGGUGCGCGCGCAGAACAAGCUGUCGUCCGUGACGUUCGCCGACGACUACCCGGUGGAGUUCCACAACUGGCGGGAGUUCCCGGUGUACGGGACCAAGUACGAGGACGUGUACAUCAGCCCGAACGGGGCUUUGUUCGUCCCCCCGCUGCAGACCGUCGUCCCGGGGGGCUUGUCGGCGGUGUCUCCCUCCACGGAGGCGUACUUCCCCGUGUUGAAGGCCGACUGGAACCCUUCCGACAGCCGCGCGGCGUCCUCGGUGCUCGUGGUGAUCGAGGAGGACCAGUUCUCGGUCCUGUACCAGGAUGUGUUCCUGUUCAAGAGGUCUGCAUCUGCAACGCCUUCGACGUUUUCGACGACGGUGUUCCCGGACGGUUCGUUGCGUUACCGUUACAUGCGCAUCGGAGACAAAGCCGACUGGACGGCGGGGGUCAGCGGCAACUCGUUCGUCUCUCCCACCAUCAGAAAUCGCCACGUUCGACAAUCUCAGUUCAUCCAGAUGGAUGAGAACGGGCUGCCGUCUGCCGCCGCCCCUCCGGAGGCGUUCUCCGCAACGCCGACACUGCCACCGUCCCCGGGCGCCCCGGUCUCCACCGCCUCCAACUCCAGCGACUCGACCAGCGGCGACGACUCCAGCGAAGUGCAGCAGUGGGGGGAGGGGGAGGCCGUGACCAUAAUCGCGAACGGCGAUGGCGCCGAAGAAGAGGACGCCGACACCGAGGUCACGCUGUGCCGCGCGCCGACGCUGGCCUGCCUGGCGCGGGCGUGCGGCAAGGCCGGGAGCGAGGUCCCCGUCCUCUGGGAAGGGGUCGGCUGCCGGGCGGCGGCCUCUCUCAACGUGACCUUCUCGUGCCGCAUCGGCGGGCUCGAGGUGCCGGCCGUCGGCCUAGGGGGGGAGACCACCACCUCCUCCUCUGGCUCUUGGGCGGGGGGGUUCGAGGAGGAGGCUUGGGGGCCGUAUUGGGCUGGGGGGGAGGUAGGCGGGGGGCUGGUUUGCGAGGUGCCGAGGCUCGAGUGGGCGGAGGCCGGGCAGGAGGAGGCGGUGAUGGUGCCCGUGGAAGUGCUCUGGUCUUUGCCGGAGCAGGCCAGCGACAGAGCUAAGGAGCAGGUGAGGCUCGGGGCCGCGGGCGUGGCUGUGCACGGCUUGUCCGUCUUGGGCGAUGCCGGCCUCAUCAACAGUCACGUGUUGGCCUUUAGGUAUUAUCGCGAUGAUGCAGAUGCCCCGGAUUGCGGGUGCAGCACCUCCCCGCGACAAACAGAGCUUACCUGCGACUCGUGCCUGGUUUGCGGGGGCGAUGGUUCCACCAAAGACUGCGGCGGUUUCUGUCACGGAGAGGCCUCCGUCUCUCCUUGCGGGGAGUGCUCGGGAGGGAUGACCGGCGUGACGGGCGGCCUGUGGUGCGACGAGUACCGGGAGUACCUCGAUGGACCAGCCGAGGCGGCGCUACUCUCUCUCUCCCAGUCGAUCAUGAUGCUGGUAGCGCUGUCCAUCAUGACCGCCUUCCUCACCAUGUGUCUCUUCCUCGCGAGGGCCCUCAUGCUCCGAGGAGUGCUGGCGAUGGAAGGGGAUCGCCACGGCACCCUGCGGCGGAGGGUGUUUUCUCGGCACCGGGGCCUCUCCCCGUCGGAGCUGGACUGUCUGGAGACCGUCGAGUACUCGACCGCCGUUAGCAUCGUCUCAAAAGACAAGGGUAACGACGACAUUAGCUGCAUGGACGGGGGCGGCGACAGCAGCGGUGUUGAACUGAUCGGAGAGAAGGUUGACCCCUCCAACAGCAGGAGUAGUAGUGGGAGCGAGGAAAAGCGGGGGGGCGUGGAAUCGGCGGGGAUGAUGGGCGGGGGCGACGGGGCUUUCAUCGCGCAGGGUGCGGAGGCAGCCUCGUCCGCGGACUGUUCGAUCUGUCUUGGCGGUUUCGAGGACGGCGACGUGCUGCGCAAGCUUCCUUGCCUCCAUUUAUUCCAUCAGAAGUGCGUGGACGAGUGGCUGCACCUGUCCGUGUCGUGUCCGCUCUGCAAGCGCAGCGCCCGCGAAGGCUUGAGGCGAAAUCGCCGGAGGCGUCGUCGCGCGAGAGGAGCGGCACAAGCAGCAGCGCAGCGAGCGCAGCAGCACCGCGACAGCAACGACAGCACCGUGCCCGCGACGACAACAACGGCGCCGACACGAACGCCGACGCCCGUUGGAGCUUGGUUUCGAGGACUGCCACCUUCCUUGGCGCGACUUUUCGCCCACUCUGGAGACGGCGGCGGCGGCGGCGGCGGCGGGCGCGGGGGCCGGCGGCAGUGGCAGCGGGUCGACGAUGAUAGUAGCGACGGGGAGGAAAAGUUUGACGACGAUCGCGGCGACACCGGUAACGACGACGGCUCUCCGCUCGACGGAGAGACGAGGAGGAUGAGAGUGUUGAAUGCCAACAUAGCGGCGUUUUUCGGCGGGGCGGAGCCGUCGCCGCACGUCUCCCCGGAGAGUCUCGGCAGCAGCAGCCCCGGGGGUAGCAUCAGCAGCAGCACCGGCAGCAGCGACGGUGGCGGAAACGCGGCAGUCGGCGGGAGGUCGUCGGCGUUGCGGGGCGUGUUUGGCGGGAACAGGUUUGCCGGUGACGGGGGGCGAAGGAGAGGUGGUGGCGGUGCUAGCGCGGAAUAUGAAUUGGCACCAAUUGGGCCGGCGGCGGCGGGGGCGGCGGCGGCGGCGGCGGUGGCGGCGGUGGAUGCAGGGGUUACUAGAAACUCGGAUAUUGUCUAGAGGGCUGAUGUGUCGUUAAUCAGGAGGUGCAUACGUUUUAUGUGGCGUGUGUGCCGAAAGAAGGUUGACUCAAGUCGUCAAAGACUGGUUCAGGGGGUGGGUUGUCUUGUGCGUCUCGGUGGCGUGUGUGCCGUGUGUGUGUUGUUUCACGUGCCCGUUGUGUCCUUCCUUUCUUGUGGGCUGUGUACCGUACCAUUGGUGUACUACCAUUUUUUUCGUUUUGUAAUAGAGGUCUGGGGAGCACCGUACACGCGUCAUGUGUUGGUUUGGAGCUAAAAAGUGCUGGGGGUGAAGUGUGACGUCCUUCACGUGUUGUACAUGUAUGUAACAGAGAAAAGGGUAACAAGCUCUUGUUGGGGGGCGGCGGCGGCGGCAAAAGUCUGCCCGCGACAUUGUGUAGGUGGGCUCAUGAACGGGAGGGACGACAAGGCUCACACUCGUAGCGCUGUGCUGUUGAGUGUGUCCAAUCAGUGACCAAGUUCUGUGGUUCCUCCUUUGCAACGUGUUGCAUUGAGUGGCGGCUAGCGUGGCUGUAUCUUUAUCGGUUGUGGAACGUCGCGAGUGAGAGGACGCGUGGGGCUUUUGCCUCCGCGGCGCUUGCGUGUCCGUGUGUUUUGUACAUUUUCGCUACUGCGAGGUGAAUCGCUCGGUGCGUUGGCGAGGGCUGGUGUAAGCGAAGGCAGGGCCGAGAACCUCGUGAUCGUAGCUUUGUUGAGGCCCAGGGAAAUCAGCUGCGGCGAAGAAGACAAUCAAAGCAAAGACGCAAACAAGGACGUCAAAAGGAUACUGAUGUGGACACAAGCAUGAAAAGCUUGGGUUUAGCACCGGUGUCGCUUCAUUUGAACAUCCGUACGACUGAGUCGAGGUCUAGGUC